UUCAACCUUGGCUUGCCUUCCCCUCCUCCUCCUCUACAAGCUCCCACUCCCCUUCCAGUUCCACUUCCAACCAUGGCCGAAAUCAACCACCGCCGCAAAUCCAAAACCAAGCCUUCAGCCACCACCACCACCACAACCACAACCACCACCAGCGACGACGGCCGACACGACGGCUUCCCUGACGAAUGCGACCCCCAGGUGUGGGCCUCCUUCGACCAGACCUUCCGCCAGGUCCAGUCAGUGCUGGACCGUAACAGAGUGCUGAUUCAACAGGUGAAUGAGAAUCACCAGUCUCGAAUUCCCAGCAACAUGGUGGACAACGUGGCUCUCAUCCAAGAACUCAAUGGGAACAUCUCUAAAGUUGUCUCCAUGUACUCCGAUUUCUCCUCUGACUUCUCCUCUGGGUUCAAUAACCACAAAUCCAGAAAUGGCAAAAGAGGAAGCAGCAACCCAGAUGCUUGACGAAGAAUUCAAGCCACAGAAACGAAGAAAAUAAAAAAUAAAAAAUAAAAAAACAAGAACAUCCGGUCAUCUUCACUUCAGCGCAUUGUUUUCUUUCUGUUUCAUCAGCAUCAUUAUCAUCUGCAUCAUUAUCAUCAUCAUCGGCUAGGAUAAAAGGUGGGCAGUAGGCUGUGUGGAAAUGCGAGAAUGAAGAACUUCUCGCAGGUGGUGCGUGUAUGUGUAUGCUUUGUGGUGGUGUUUUUCUCUCAUUAAAAAUGUGUUUCCUCUUUCAAAUGUAACAGUUAAUGCAUGCUUCCAUCAUCAUCAUCAUCAUCAUCAUUGUCAGA